CGUCUACUCUUUUCUUUGUGAUAUUUCUUCACCCAAGAUUACAGGCGUUGGGUUGCCUCUCUCCGCAAUGCCUCUCCUCCAGACUGCCUCGCUGCCCUGAAAUUGGAAUCCGCACCAAUCUCGGUGGUGGUGGUGGUGGACAUGGACUUGCAACUGCAACUGCAACUACAACUGCCGCCGAAAUUCAUUCCGAACAAGUACCGGGGGCGCCGGAAAAGCAAUUUAAUGGUUGGAUUUCCGAGCGACUCCUCCACAGUUAAUAAUGCCAAGAGAUCGACUCGUUUCGUGAUUUCCAAUAAUGCGGUUGAAAGAGGUGAGGCGGAGACUGCGUUGGUGGUCGAGAAGCCUCCGCCAGAGCGGCGUCGUUUUGAGAUAUUCUCCGGCCAUCCUGCGCCGUUCGGUGCCACGCCGAGAGACGGUGGUGUGAAUUUCUCGAUUUUCUCGAGCAAUUCCUCGUCGGCUACUCUCUGCUUGAUCAGUCUCUCUGAUUUGUCUGAGAAUAGAGUGACUGAACAAAUUGCCCUAAACCCAGAGAACAACAAAACAGGAGACGUCUGGCAUGUGUUUCUCAAAGGUGAUUUUGAAGAUAUGGUCUAUGGAUACAGAUUCGAUGGGAGCUUCUCCCCCGAAAAUGGACUUUACUUUGAUUCUUCUAAAAUACUAAUUGACCCUUAUGCAAAGGCUGUUUUGAGCAGAGGGGAAUAUGGUGCUUUAGGACCAGAGAAGGAGUGCUGGCCUCAGAUGGCGUGUUUGGUGCCUUCUGCUAACGAUGAUUUUGACUGGGAAGGAGAUUUUCCCCUAAAGCUGCCACAAAGAGAUUUGGUCAUAUAUGAGAUGCACGUUCGUGGGUUUACAAGGCAUGAGUCAAGCAACUCCAAACAUCCUGGCACUUACCUUGGGGUUGUGGAGAAACUUGAUUACUUGAUGAAACUUGGUGUCAACUGCAUUGAACUAAUGCCAUGUCAUGAAUUCAAUGAAUUGGAAUAUUACAGCUACAACAGUGUAAUGGGCGACUACAAGAUGAACUUUUGGGGUUAUUCCACGAUCAAUUUUUUUUCACCCAUGGCUAGAUAUUCAUCUGCUGGUAUUGGCCAUUAUGGCAUAGGUGCAGUGAAUGAGUUUAAGUAUCUUGUAAGGGAAGCUCAUAAGCGUGGGGUUGAGGUGAUUCUGGAUGUUGUUUUCAAUCACACUGCAGAAGGAAAUGAAAAUGGCCCCAUCUUAUCAUUUAGGGGUGUUGACAAUAGUGUCUUUUACAUGCUUGCACCUAAGGGUGAAUACUACAAUUAUUCUGGUUGUGGCAAUACCUUCAACUGCAAUCACCCCAUUGCACGACAGUUUAUUCUGGACUGUCUAAGAUACUGGGUAACAGAGAUGCAUGUAGAUGGCUUUCGGUUUGAUCUUGCUUCUAUAUUGACAAGGAGUAGCAGUCUUUGGGAUGCUGUGAAUGUAUAUGGCAAUGCAAUUGAAGGUGAUACACUCACAACUGGAACACCUCUCAGUAGCCCACCGUUGAUUGACAUGAUCAGCAAUGACCCCAUACUCCGUGGAGUAAAGCUUAUAGCUGAAGCUUGGGACUGUGGAGGCCUCUAUCAGGUUGGUUCAUUUCCACACUGGGGCAUAUGGUCAGAAUGGAAUGGAAAGUAUCGUGAUGUUGUAAGGCAAUUUAUCAAGGGCACGGAUGGGUUUUCUGGGGCUUUUGCUGAAUGUCUCUGUGGUAGUCCAGGUCUUUACCAGGAAGGUGGAAGGAAACCUUGGAACAGUAUCAAUUUUGUGUGCGCUCAUGAUGGUUUUUCUUUGGCUGAUUUAGUAUCAUAUAAUGACAAGCACAACCUGUCUAAUGGUGAAGAGAACAGGGAUGGGGAGAAUCACAAUAAUAGCUGGAAUUGCGGCCAGGAGGGAGAUUUUGUGGGUAUUUCUGUGAAGAAAUUGAGAAGACGCCAAAUGAGAAAUUUCUUCCUGUGUCUCAUGGUUUCCCAAGGUGUUCCGAUGAUCUACAUGGGGGAUGAGUACGGCCACACAAAAGGCGGAAACAACAACACGUACUGCCAUGAUAAUUAUAUAAAUUAUUUCCGAUGGGAUAAGAUGGAGCAGUCCUCGACGGAUUUCUUCAGAUUUUGCUGCCUUAUGACCAAGUUUCGCCGCGAGUGCGAGUCCCUUGGCUUAAACAACUUCCCAACAGCUGAACAGCUUCAAUGGCACGGACAUACUCCCGGGAUGCCAGACUGGUCUGAGACAAGCCGGUUUGUGGCAUUCACUGUGAUGGACUCGGCUAAGGGGGAAUUAUACGUGGCCUUCAAUGCGAGUCAUGUAGUGGCGACUGUUGCAUUGCCGGAUCGAGCAGGGUACCGGUGGGAGCCAUUGGUGGACACGAGCAAGGCGGCGCCGUACGACUUCCUGAGCGAGGAUCUGGCGGACAGAGAGAUAGCCAUCAGGCAAUACUCUCACUUUCUUGAUAAUAAUUUAUAUCCCAUGCUUAGCUAUUCUUCCAUCAUUCUUACUCUCUCCCCUCAUCACAAUGAUAAUAAUAAUAAUAAUGCAUAGAGACAAUAUUUUUCUUAUCUAAUUUAUCAUCUUUUAAUGAUU